AUGCAGCUGCCCGAGGCGACCGAGUCGGCGCCGCUCGUCGCACGCGACAAGGACGACGAGCUCCUCACGACCGCGUGCUGGUUCAUUGAGGACGCCUUCAGCGGUAUCUCGCGGCCACACCCGGUGCGCACGCCGUUCGCGCGGUACAUGCACACGCUGCACGCCGAGUUGCACUACCUCCGCGGCGCGGCCAUCGUCGUGCUCUUGAGUCUCUCGUUCAUCGAGACGCCGCGCUGGUGCCAUGGGCCUCCGCCGUACCCGUGCGGCGAUCCGUCCGACCCGUUCACGCCCAUGACAUUUGAGAUCGCGCUCGUCACGCACGCCGAGAGCCAUUGCAUUGAGCUCGUCUGCCUCUCGUUCUUCCUCCUCAACUCGGUGAUCCGGUACUUGUACCUCCAAGAGAACUUUACGAACCGCAAGGACAGCGUCGCGGUCUUGGCGCUCGUGCUGCUGGCGAUGACGACGCUAGCGCUGAGCGCGGCCUUUCCGCACCAAGUGUGGACGCCGUAUGCGCAGGUGUACCUGCGCGUCAUGAUCUUCGCCGUCAAGAACCGGAACAUUCGACGAACCGCGCGCAAGAUCGCGCAAGUGCUCGCCGAGGUGCACAACAUCAUUAGCCUCGUCAUCGUCUUCGUCGUCUUCUUCGCCUGGGUCGCCACGAUGCUCUUUGACAACACGGAAGAAGGCGACGCGCAAAUGCCCAAUAUCUACGAAGCGUGCUGGAACAUGCUCAUUCUGCUCACGACCGCGAACUUUCCGGACAUUAUGAUGCCCGCGUACAACAAGCACCGCGUCGUCGUCAUCUUCUUCGCGUUCUUCCUUUGCUUUGGGCUCUUCUUCCUCAUGAACGUCGUGCUGGCCGUCAUCUACAACAACUUCUCCGUCAACCUCGAAGCCUUCAAGAAGAAGCGCGACCACACGCGCGAGCAAAAGCUGCAGAUCGCGUUCCGCAUCCUCUGCAACCUCGCCGUGCCGCGCGACGUGUGCCUCCGCCUCUUCCACAAGAUGAACCACUACAAGAACAUUGGGUACAUCAAGAAGAGCCGCAUGCAGCUCGUCUUUGACGAGCUCGACUCGGACGGCGACGAGAAGCUGCAGUGGCAAGAGUUUGCCAACAUCUGCGUCGUGCUCCGCUCCGCGCUCUCCAAGAAGCGCCUCCCGCCCUCCGAGGUCCAGCGCUGGUUCCCGCAUCUCUUUCACAGCGACGGCUUUCACUCGCUCUGCAUGUUUGUGCGCCACCCGCGCUUUGAACUCGCGAUCGACGUCGUUCUUGUCGUCAACGCGCUCCUCAUCGUCUUCGAGUCCCUCCCCGUCCUCAACGGUGAGCCGAUGCCGCUCGCGUCCGAGUUUACCGUCUGGGAGCGCAUCGAGUCGAUCUUCUCGUUCGUGUACCUGCUCGAGAUGCUUCUCAAAAUCGUCGUCGACGGCCGCGCUGUCUACUGGAGCUCGAUGAAGAACCGGUUCGACUGCCUCAUUACGGUGGCCGUCGUCGCCGUCGAUGUGUACGCGUACCUGCCGUACGACCCGGCGUCGCGUGUCAUGGUCAAGAUCCUCCUCGUCGCCCGCUGCCUGCGACUCUUCCGCCUCAUCAUCAACGUCGAGCGGUACCGCGUCUUUUGCAUGACGUGGUUCCGCCUCCUUCCGUUCGGCAAGAACCUCCUCGUGAUCAUGUUUUGCGCCUUCUUGUACACGCAGGACGGGUACAUGGCCAACAACUUUAACGACAUGGCCAGCGGCAUGGUGCUCUUAUUCGAGCUCCUCAUCGUCAACAACUGGUUCGUCCUCGCGGAUGGCUUUGUGUGCGUCACGUCUAAGUACGCGCGCUGGUACUUUGUGACCUUUCACCUCAUUGGCGUCACGAUUCUCCUCAACCUCGUCGUCGCCUCGACGCUUGACGCCUUUGUCGGGGAGUACGAAGCGGAGCACCAAGACCAGACGGGAAAGCCAUACAAGUUUGGCUCGAUGGACACGAUGGAGACGAGCAUCAUUAUCGAACAGCAAGACGAAGGCUAA